AUGGUAUCUUGGAUGACAAUGUGGCAGAUCAUCACGCCGCACAGCGAGAAGACCUUCUGGCAAAUGAUGGCGCAGUGCGGCCGAAACGGGGGCUUAGUUCUUGGCCCUGUUGCAUUCGCUGGGUUAAGCUUGCUUGUUCGUCAAGGUCGAGAGGUGUCACCUAUCAGCAUGAUGAGCUGGUCCAUGAUUGGCUUGGUGGUUUUGGCAGCCGUGGAGCUGACAGGGGCAUCGCUGUUCUAUCCCACAAUUUUAAGUCAGUCUGAUGAGGGUGUGGCUGAGGAGGCAAGUCCCGAAGCAGAGGGAGAUUGCCUGGAACUUGCACCAGAGCAAUUGCCAUCAGCGUCUCGUGAAGGCAUUCUAAAAUACAUGAUCGCAUACAGUUACGAGCGACCCUUUACAAUCUCGGCCAUUGAGGUGGCCACCAUGAUGCUGCUAGAAGUUUCAUAUGGCUGGUCGGCCGAGCUUUGCGGAGCCUCUUUCAUGGUAGUGGGAGGCGUCAGCCUGACUUUAACGGCGUUCUCCAGCUUAUUGAUCUCUAGAAAGUGGAUGCCAGAAUCCCACGUUUUUGUUUCCUCGAGUGCAGCAGCCUUGCUCGGUACUUUGUUGCUGUUUGAUUGGAAGUUCUUUGGGGCUGGCACACUGCUGUUCGCAGAUGCCAUAAUCUAUGGGGCCUCCAGCGUCUCCAACGGUGUUGCGCAAGGACUAGCAACCCGUGCGGCAAUGCAGGGAACAGCCUGGGGCAUCGAGACGUAUCGCAUUCACAACUUGGUCGGCGUCAGCACGAGCCGUUUCAUUGGACCCGCUGUUGCACGCUUCAUGAUAGAUUUCGGGGGUCGCAACACAUAUGCGGCAGUGCAGAUGCUUAUGUGCUUUCUAGGAACCUGCACAGUGUACAAAACGGUAUGUUUGGUUUGGGCAGGAAAAUCCCAAGUGCUUUCAAAGCUGCAGGCCUGCUAA